AAGACAACACAAGACAAGGACCACAUCUCUAAUUCCCCCCCUUUUCCCAAUCAAACCCUUCCUUUUCUCUCUUCUUUCUCUUCGCACAAACGGCCAUCCGCCCACCAUGGCCCAAUCCACCGCCCACCGCCGCCUCCUCCAAGAAUACCGCGCCCUCACAAAUAACCCGCCCGAAGGCAUCACCGCCGGCCCCGUCUCCGAGGACGACCUGCUGCACUGGGAAUGCCUCAUCCAGGGCCCCGAGGGAACCCCCUUUGAAGGCGGCGUCUUCCCCGCCGAGCUCAAGUUUCCCAAGGACUAUCCGCUGGCGCCGCCCACGAUGAAGUUCCUCGCCGACAUGUGGCAUCCAAACGUCUACCCCAGCGGCCUCGUCUGCAUCUCCAUCCUGCACCCCCCUGGCGACGACCCCAACCACUACGAGCACGCCUCCGAGCGCUGGUCCCCCAUUCAAUCCGUCGAGAAGAUCCUCAUCUCCGUCAUGAGCAUGCUGGCCGAGCCCAACGAUGAGAGUCCCGCAAAUGUCGAGGCCGCCAAGAUGUGGCGCGAGCGUCGUGAUGAGUACGAAAAGACGGUCCGCGACGGUGUUCGGCGCAUGUUGGGUUUGUGAGAGCGGGUUUUCUCUUGAGCUUUCUCUUCUGCGGCAAAUAAAACACAAAGCGAGUAAGACUGCGCGGAUAGAGGCGGAGACGAGUAUGCAUGAUGUAGCCUGGAUGGAACUAUCUCUUCACGGGCAGGGUUGCGUCUUCUAUUGUAUUUGUUAUAAACAUAUAUGUAUGUAUGAUUGGGGGCUAGCAUGGCGUAUGGCGAAGAUAAUCCAAAGAGAAGAGAAAUCAUUUGGGUAAACAUUG